AUGGAGUUCAAUAAGUUUGGCGCAGUCAAAGAUGUCCACAUUCCGGUCGAUUUUCGGACGAGAGCGCCGAGAGGAUUUGCUUAUAUUGAAUUUGAGACAAUGGAAGACGCUAGAAAUGGACUUGGAAUGGACGGAAUGGUCAUUAAUGGAAGAAAGGUCAAUGUUGCUUUUGCUGAAGGAGACCGUAAAACUCCUGGAGCGAUGAAGGGAAAAAAAGAAGCAGACGCUCUCCGCGCCCAGUUGGAAAAAGUCAAAAUGAUGCAGCAAAAUCACUUGCAGCGCUUUUUCCCCGAAGCAGUUCAGCCGCCAGCGCCAGCGCCUGUUUCAGUCACCAUGGAUCCAAAUACAGUUAUGGACAAAAAUGUGCUAGGGGACAAGGAGCAACUGCCGAUUGAAAGAAUAAAUCGACGAGGAUCUGGGAAGAGGGAAAAAGUCGAGCUGACUGAAAAAGUCGAAAAGAAAUGGAAAGAACGAGAAAAGAAUUUGAAGGCAAAGCUCAAAAAAGCGACGAAAAAGCUCGAAAAAUUGAGAAAGCUCAAAUCGAUCAAAAAAGUACAAAAGCUCCAGAAAGAGCACGAAAAGCUCAAGAAAAAGUACAAAAAGAAGAAGCGAAAGGAGCGAAAACGCGAAUCGUCGAGCGAGGAGGAGUCUGAGGAAGAAGACGAAGACGAGGAAUUGUCGGUCGAGGAGGAAAGUGGAAGUGAAAGCGAGGAAGAAGAAUCGGCUUCGGAAAAUGAAGAAGAGGAGGAGGAAGAAGAGGAUUCUUCGGAGAAUGAAGAGUCUGAAGAUGAUGAAGAUAAUCAUCAACGAAGCAUAUCUUUCAAGAAAACCUCCAAUACUGAAAUCAUCGAACUCGACUGA